AUGUUUUUUUAUUCUUUGCCAACAGAAGCGAAGCUUGAUAUUUUUAAAUGUUUCAAUUAUGAACAAUUAUCUUCAAUUAAACAAACAAAUUUAUUUUUUCGUGAUUUUAUUAAUAAUUUUGAGGGGAAACUUGCCCGAGAAGAAUUAUUCAAUUUUACUAUCGAUUUUCUCAAUAAUUUCAAAAAAAUUCCUCAUAAAUAUGUUAGACCCGAAGCUGGAAAUUUUGAUUUUGUUUUAUUUGACGAGCAACAUAAAGAAUUAAAUAAACAAAUUGAUGAAAUGUGGAGUAAUGGACAACAAAAACGAAUUCCUUUAUAUUUACCUGAUCACGGAUUGCUUGAAAAUAUUGUCAUUAGCUUGUCUAUAGGUGAAUUUUUUGAUUUUUUAAAUUCAAUGAAUUUAGAGGGGAAAACCUUUUUUGUGGAUAGCAAUAAAACCAAAAUUGGGCCCCUAUUGUUUUUGCAGACUUUGUUUUUCAUUUGCAACAUUGAAGAACACAACAUUAUAUUAGAACUCCCAACAAUUAUUAGAAACAAAAAGCAAAUGAAAAUUGUUUAUCAUUAUUUAACUCGAUUAUUCAACUGUUCUUUUGUUUUUGCCGAUUUUGGCCAGUUUAUUUUCAAUCCAGAAUUAAUCCAAUUAUUUUUUGAAAAUGCUACAAUUCCCGGGAAAUUUUAUGUUAUAAACAAUUGGACACAUAAAAUAAACAGUUGGAUGUCUAAACCUACCAGUACGGAUGGUCUAUUAAAAUUUAUUUUGGAUAAUUUAGUCCGUGAAACAUUUAGUAAUGAAGAAAUUAUGAAAAAAUAUAGAAAUAUUUUAUUCUUAAUUAUAAUGAGAGGAGACAAGUUUAAUGAAGUUGGGUCACUUUGUGAUGAGUUGACAGAACUUUAUAAUUUUUAUUUUUGUUUAUAUGGUAUUGAAAUGUCAAUGGAUUGCCCAAAAAUGGUGGCUAAUAUUAAAUUAAAUGAUAUUUAUUUUAAUUUGGGUAGUUUAACGAAAGGAUUGAAGAAAUUGUUGAAUAUUAAUUGAACGAUUUUGUUGUUAAAUACAUGAAUAUUUUUUUGAUUUUGAUUUUACUUUUCGGGGUAAUACUGUGGAAGUCAACCCCUCUUUUUUUCACUUUUCAUUUUUUGCUUGCUCUUUAAUUUAUAAAGCUUUGGGUUCAUUUUAUUUAAAAAUUUGUUUUAAUUUUUU